UGGGCCCAUCUGCCUGCAGCCCGUGGUUGAAGCUGGCCUCCAAGAGGGCCACGACCCUCCCCUGCUUGGCGCCCAGAGCCCUCCCUCCUUCAGCCCAUCCCCUCCUUCUUUCAUCCGGGCAUAGCUCUGGGAAGAGGGAGCGCAAGGCUCUGAAGCGGCUACUACGCAGGGAGACGCGAAGGCGGGGACAAGGGAGGGGGCGGGGGUAUAAGAGUGGCCGCUGCGACGAUAGCCUCACUCCAGCCCCUGCCGCCAGCAACAGAGACUAGGGCGCAGGUAUCCCCGGAGAGCGGCCCUGGCCCUGAGGAGGAAGAGCGGGGUCCUCCCUCUCGUCCCCACAGUCCCAGGACGCAAUCCGUGAAGGCUGCCUGGAGGAGGAGGGUGACGAGGCCAUGGCCACAGAGGCGACGUUGGGUCCCAACGUGACCUGGUGGGCUCCGUCCAACGCUUCCGGAUGCCCAGGCUGCGGUGCCAACGCCUCGGAUGACCCAGGCUCGGCGCCAAGGCCCCUGGAUGCCUGGCUGGUUCCCCUGUUUUUCGCUGCACUCAUGUUGCUCGGGCUAGUCGGGAACUCACUGGUCAUCUACGUUAUCUGCCGCCACAAGCACAUGCAGACAGUCACCAACUUCUACAUCGCCAACCUGGCGGCCACAGACGUCACUUUCCUACUGUGCUGCGUGCCCUUCACCGCUCUCCUUUAUCCGCUGCCCGCCUGGGUGCUGGGAGACUUCAUGUGCAAAUUCGUCAACUACAUCCAGCAGGUCUCGGUGCAAGCCACAUGUGCCACUCUGACGGCCAUGAGCGUGGACCGCUGGUACGUGACUGUGUUCCCGCUGCGUGCACUUCACCGCCGCACUCCGCGCCUGGCCUUGACCGUCAGCCUCAGCAUCUGGGUGGGGUCGGCAGCUGUGUCCGCCCCGGUGCUGGCCCUGCACCGCCUGUCGCCCGGGCCUCGCACCUACUGCAGCGAGGCAUUUCCCAGCCGCGCCCUGGAGCGCGCCUUCGCGCUCUACAACCUGCUGGCUCUAUACCUGCUGCCGCUGCUCGCCACCUGCGCCUGCUACGGUGCCAUGCUGCGCCACCUGGGCCGCGCCGCUGUACGCCCCGCACCCACUGACAGCGCCCUGCAGGGGCAGCUGUUGGCACAGCGCGCCGGAGCAGUGCGCACCAAGGUCUCCCGGCUGGUGGCCGCUGUUGUCCUGCUCUUCGCCGCCUGCUGGGGCCCGAUCCAGCUGUUCCUGGUGCUUCAAGCCCUGGGCCCCUCGGGGGCCUGGCACCCUCGAAGCUAUGCCGCCUACGCGCUCAAGAUCUGGGCUCACUGUAUGUCCUACAGCAACUCGGCGCUCAAUCCGCUGCUCUAUGCCUUCCUGGGUUCACACUUCAGAAAGGCCUUCUGCCGUGUGUGCCCCUGCUGCCCGCAACGCCAGCGCGGGCCCCACACGUCAGCGCACUCCGACCGAGCCGCAACCCCCACUGUGCCACACACCCAGGUUGCACACCCUGUCCGGAUCAGGAGCCCAGAGCCUGGGAACCCUGUGGUGCGCACGCCCUGCGCUCAGAGUGAACACACUGCCUCACUCUGAGCCGCUCCUGCCUGUGGGAUAAUCCAACCCAAGCUGCUUGCGCUGGGUGGGCGGUUGUUAUUUGUUAAUCUGUGUAAAAUGGCUUGCUUUUCUUCCAGCUCGCACCAAUACGCCGUGGUUGUUGUUGUGGAUGUUGCGGUAAUUCACUAUGUGCUCUUGUAAUCUUUGAAGGUUAAUGCCCUCACUUCCUGCAUCUUUUAUUUUAUUUUAUUUUCGGGUGCUGGGAACGGAACCGGGAGUUUGUGUUUGUGAGACGAUUGGUGGACUCAGAAUCAUGGAAGAUGAAUGAACCUGCUCAGCCAGGGUGACCGGGAAGCAGAAGGAAGCCGCAGGCAGGAGUUGUCUCAUCCCUGCCGCCCCCACUCCCCACCUCCUCCAACCAGUGUAGGCAAAACGUUUUUGUUCACUGUGUAAAGUUCACCCUUGUGUUAUUUAAAUGCUGAUCUCUCUCUGCUCUCAAAUCUUGUUUCAAUCGGGACAGGGCAUUGUAAUGCUUAUAGCCAAGAGUUUUCUGUAACUAAUUUGUGUAAACAAUUCUUACCAUUUAUUCUCUGCUUUGUCAAUAAAUGCUGAUCAC